GGGCUGGCCAGGUUUGACAGGCCGGGCCCAGCCGCGCUCUCCGCUCCCGGGCGGGCUGUGCCCAUGGGCGGGGCUGGCCGCGGCGCCGCCUCCGGCCGGGGCGCAUGGACUCCGUGCUGCGCAGCGCCCGCCGCUUCCUCCCGCGUCUGCUGCGGGCCGUGUCGGGCCCGGCCAUGCAGCGGCCUGAGGGCGGCGGCGGCUGGCUGGGCGCGCUGCGCUUCGACAACCUGGCUCUGCGCUCGCUGCCCGUGGACGCCUCGGAGGAGGGCGGCCCGCGGACCGUGCCCGGCGCCUGCUUCGCCCGGGUGCGGCCCAGCCCGCUGCAGAACCCGCGGCUCGUGGCCAUGUCGCUGCCGGCGCUGGCGCUGCUGGGGCUGGAGGCGCCCGCGGCCGACCCGGCGGCGGAGGCCGAGGCCGCGCUGUUCUUCAGCGGGAACCGGGUGCUGGCGGGCGCGGAGCCCGCGGCGCACUGCUACUGCGGCCACCAGUUCGGCAGCUUCGCGGGCCAGCUGGGCGACGGGGCCGCCAUGUACCUGGGCGAGGUGCUGGGCCCGGGGGGCGAGCGCUGGGAGAUCCAGCUCAAGGGCGCCGGCAUCACCCCCUUCUCCCGCCAGGCGGAUGGGCGGAAGGUGCUGCGCUCCAGCAUUCGCGAGUUCCUGUGCAGCGAGGCCAUGUUCCACCUGGGCAUACCCACCACGCGGGCGGGCGCCUGCGUGACGUCCGACUCCAGAGUCCUUCGCGACGUGUUCUACGACGGCAAUCCAAAAAACGAGAGGUGUACGGUGGUUCUGAGAAUAGCCUCCACAUUUAUAAGAUUUGGCUCUUUUGAAAUUUUUAAGCCCCCUGAUGAAUACACUGGGCGCAAGGGUCCCAGCGUUAACCGCAAUGAUAUUCGAAUACAGAUGCUUGAUUACGUGAUCAGCACUUUCUACCCAGAAAUCCAGGAGGCUUAUUCAGACAACACUGUUCAGAGGAAUGCUGCCUUCUUCAAAGAGAUAACCAAGCGGACAGCGAGGCUGGUUGCUGAGUGGCAGUGUGUGGGGUUUUGCCAUGGCGUGCUGAACACUGAUAACAUGAGUAUAGUUGGACUGACCAUUGACUAUGGCCCUUUUGGCUUUAUGGACAGGUAUGACCCUGAGCACGUUUGCAAUGGUUCUGAUAAUACAGGGCGCUAUGCUUACAACAAACAGCCAGAGAUUUGCAAGUGGAACCUGGGGAAACUUGCUGAAGCUUUAGUUCCAGAGCUGCCCUUGGAAACAAGCCAACUCAUCCUGGAACAGGAAUAUGAUGCAGAAUUUGAGAAACACUAUUUGCAGAAGAUGAGGAAAAAACUAGGCCUAAUCCAGCUGGAAUUAGAAGAAGAUAGUAAGCUGGUGUCUGAACUGCUUGAAACCAUGCAUCUUACAGCUGGAGACUUCACAAAUAUCUUUUACUUGCUGAGUUCAUUCUCAGUAGACAUUGAUCCUUCAAAAUUUGAAGAUUUCUUAGAAGAGCUUACACGUCAGUGUGCUUCUGUGGAAGAACUGAAAGUUGUUUUUAAACCACAGAUGGAUCCAAGACAACUGUCAAUGAUGCUGAUGCUGGCUCAGUCGAAUCCUCAGCUGUUUGCAUUAAUUGGAACAAAAGCUAAUAUAAAUAAAGAAUUGGAACGCAUUGAACAGUUCUCGAAACUGCAGCAGUUAACAGCAGAUGAUUUACUUGGCAGAAAUAAAAGACACUGGAAGGAAUGGCUGGAGAAAUACAGAGUCCGUUUGCAAAAAGAAGUAGAAAGCGUUGGUAAUGCUGAUGCCUGGAACACUGAGCGUGUGAAGGUCAUGAAUUCAAACAAUCCAAAGUAUAUCUUGAGAAAUUAUAUUGCCCAGAAUGCCAUAGAAGCAGCUGAAAAUGGGGAUUUCUCAGAGGUAAGAAAUGUACUGAAGCUUUUAGAGCAUCCAUUCCAAGAAGCAGAAGGUUUCCAGGAGGUAAAGGAGGAGGCAGAAGAGCAGGGAGCCACUGCAGCAGGAGCUGUUUGUUCUCAAGAGACCAGGAGCAGACAAACAUAUUGCAGCAAACCUCCCCUGUGGGCUGCGGAGCUCUGUGUUACGUGAUCUUCGUAACUGCCUUGCUUUGUCUUUUGCUGUGAACUGAAGACUCUGAUCCUUCUUCAGCAGUGAAGAAUUCAGCAAGGCAAACAUCAAAGUGCUGUUAAGUUAUUGAAACAACACUACAUUUGGAUGCAUCUGCAGCAGUCUUCAGCUGUGCUUCAUUUGAAGCAAUUGUGCAUUAUUGGAACAAACCAGUGACAAUCAACAGCCCAUACACAUCACUAAUCUAAAUGUUUAAAGACACAAAGUCUUUCCUUUAUCCUCACUACAUUACAAGUAAAAAGCAGUAUUUUCUGUUGAGGCGAGCUGUACUUCAGAUGUCCAAAUGGUGGUGCUGUUAUGUGAAGACAAAAAUAGCAAGUCAGGAAUCUGAUCUGUUUUUGUCUGAUGUCUUAACUAAUAGCACUUUUAAUAUUUAUUUACUGCUUUCUCUAUGCAGAAACUUUUAGUCCUCUUUAAUGGAGGAAUAGAUACAGUGUUGCUUGUUUGAAGCUAUGUUUCAUUCAAUUAAAUAGUUCAUUUCUUGUGAACAUUCAGGUUGGUAUUUAAUCAUUAUCUAUUUUCUGAGAACGUGUGCAGGCUAGAAUUUGAGAGGAGCAAUUUACUUUUUUUAAGAGCAGAAUUAAGGGAGAUUACGUACAUUUGCACUUGAAAACUUGGUGGUGAAGUUUAUGCAGUUCAAUAUGCUUGCACAAAACACUCAUAAAUAUCUACUAAACUCAGGAGUGCAGUUUGUAACCCAACAGCCUUGGGCAGGAUCCAUAAGCCAAAUUAGUGUGAGCCUUAAACUAGCCCAGCACUCAAAUCCAGCUGUGCUGUGUAUUUAUUUCUGUGCUCCUAACAGAGUCUGCCUGUUUGAGAAGUAUGCAGGUGAGGUACCUGCUCAUCACACUGGUCACUGGGGUUCUUCCAUUCCUUUUCUACUCUUGCACCAUUUAGUUUUCUUCCAUGGUCCUUGGAAAUCUUCAUGCUGGAAGUUGGCCAUUUAGGAAUGUGCUGUUUGAGCUGGGCAAAAGAUGGAGGGUGUGGGAGGAGGAGCUGACUUGCUUGCAAGUUACUUAAAACAUUUCAGUUGAGGUUUCAGGGGAAGGUUAGUUGCCAUUAUUGUCACAUAAUCAAAAGAAAGUUGUUUUGUAGUUAGUUGUUACUUAGCUUUCUGAACUUCUUUUUAAGGACUGUGUUACUAGUUCAGACGCCUGAAAGGUUUGGUUUAAUGCAAAGGCUUCUCUUUCCAAAAGAGAUCAUUGUCUCACACUGUGAUUUAUGUGUCCUCAAGGAAAUCCUACCCCCAUGCAAACUUUACCAGCUCGGGUUGAGUUGUGGAUUUAAAGUCUUCCUCAAUAUGAGGUGUCAGCAAACAGGGAGAACAGUUGGACUGUUGCUUAUCCCUCUGUACUAACAGUCAGUUUGUCCUCCUCGCUGUCACAGGACAUAGAGUGUAUGUUUCCAUUCAAAGCAUGCCCUAUCUUGGAGCUGGAGGAACUGAUUUGUGACAAAUGACCUCGGAGAAGCAAAGCAAUUCUGUGCAAUUUUGGAGUCCUUACAGUAAGGGACAAACAAGGUGUAUUACCUAGCCCAUGGAAGAGUGGUGUAGUUGAAAGAGGUCUGGAAUAAUCCAUUUUUGUGGGAAUUUGAGGCUUUCAUUGAUGUUUAUCCUUCCUUUAAAUUUGGGUUACAGAACCAAACCAUUUAAUGGUAACUUCAGCAGAAAGUCAGUGCUGGUAAAAGAGGACUGCAUCAGGGAGGGAAAGUGUGUUGGCAAUUUGAAAUACACUUGAGACAACCCCUUGCAGAACCUGUGGUCUCUUGCAGUGUGCCUGGUCCACAAGGGAGUAACCGAGGGAGGAGGAGUUGCUCCAAACCGGUCAACAGAACUGGGCUGGUUUUGUUUCUCAGUUUGUAUCUUUUCUGCUGGGAUGCAGAGGGGAACAAGAGGUUUUUGUUUUCUCCCGGUAGCUUCAGUCUGAUCCCAGCUGCCUUUAGGGGUUCGUGGAUAGGGAGUACACUUAAGUACCUCCUGCCCAAAGCAACCCAGGCGAAGCUCCCAGGCACAGGCAACACUUAGCAAGCUCAGUUAUCAGUGAUAUUCAGCUCUUUGCAGUGUUCAGCUCUUUGCAGUGAUUCUCAGCUCAUGAGCUUGCUAAGCGCCUUCCUUGGCAGACACAGAGAGAGAGAGGAGAAGCGCUGUAUGGAGUUCCACAGAUGAAUCUUUAUUGGCAUCCUCUGUGAAGGGUUCCAGGGACCGCUCUUCUCUGAGCUCGGGAACAGUGGGGUUUUUAUAGGGUACCGAGGUUUUGAGAAGUGGUCCAAUGGUGUGAGUGGGGGUAGAAAGUGAGCUAUUGUCUUACAGGGAGAUAAGAGAGGGUCUGAGCACAGGUGAGGGGUUAUUUGGCCCAGUCACCAUGACCAGGCAUUUCUGUGCCUUUAUGCAGCUGACCGCCAGAGAGGCCUGUCAGGCCUCAUGGCUGCAACACUGUCCAAGCGUUUUGCUUAACAAAAUGGUGUAAAAACUAUUGAUUCUUAACCAUGCCUAAGGGAUCAAGUAUUUCUAAUGGCAUUGUGAUAAUAAUUGGGGGCGUUGAGUAGGUCUCUAUUAAUAGUAGUAUAGAGAAGGAGAAUAAUAUUGUAACUGUUUGUCACAAAAUGUGUUUUGCUAUACAAGAAUUUGAACUAACUGCCAAAUUAUUGUGCACCUGUAUUGCCAAAAUCAGGGAAAGAGAUACUUUGGAAUAAUUUACUAGGACUUAUCCUUAAAAGGGAAAAAUGAAUGUUACAGUGAGCAAUGCAAAUGCAAAUAUUUUUUGCUUACAUGUCAGUCAAGUGCAAGAGGCCUAGCAGGGUUGGAGUGAUUAAUGCAGCCCCUUGGUGUGGCUGCUUUGAUGUGCCACACAGCAAGGUUGUAUUUGUAAGAGACGUUCACCAACAGGUGGAAACUCGGAAGGUUCUCACGUGUUCCAGCCACACUGACAUCCAGCUGCUCCCUUCCCCAGGGCGUGCAGUGUCAGCAGUGCUUUGUCUCUGAAGAAACAUGAUCCAGAGCCAAGAGGAAUGCUUGUGCUCUCCCAGCACUCGCAUCUCAGCAGGUGGGUUGGAGUUCAUGAUUGUGAGUCUUCUGUUCUUGUUCCUGGAGUGCUGUGGAAGCAGGAGGUUGUUCAGCACAAUUAGGCCAAAUUUUGAAUGCAAUCACUUAGCCCAGUUCUUCAGAGAGAAAGGAGUACAGCUUACAGCAUUUGGGAAUCUAAAUACUUGAAUCAUAAUUUGCUUCUUGAUUUUUACUGCUUGUAUUUGCUACCGGUUCUGAAAAUAAUAUUUAUGACUGGUCAAAUAUUCUGCUUAUGUAAAAGCCAUGGAGUUGUGCUCGAAAUGACACGGUGCCUCUUCUUAUCAAAAGCUUUCUGUGGAAAUACUUGAUGAGACUUAGCCUGUGGCUAUACCAUAUAUCCUGAAGUACCCUCACAUACAAUGAAGUGGUACCCAGAUGACACAACUGAAAUGAGAGCCUCUUGGAGAUGAAUAUCUGGCUAGUCUUAUGUGAUAGUGGGACUCCUGUCAUGACUUGCUAAGAUUUCACUGUAACUCUGCUUCAUGAGCAACACAGUUGCUGAAUGUUUUACUGUCAGCUCUUAUUUUGGAAUGUUGUGUUGGGGGGAUGUUUUUGGUUUUUUGUGGGUUUUUUUUUUUCCAAAUAAGUGCUGAAGAUUUAUUUUAUUAAAAUUAAUAAAAAUUGCAAUUUUAAUAUUCUCA